CCGGGGAGACGGCAGGUAAUUAUUGUUUGCUCCCUAGUAAUUGGGUGAGCCCGUAUAAAAAAAAGUUAAGUAGAUAUAUUAUGCUUGGCGCCGCUUCUCGUUUGGGCGGCUCGGAAUUUGAUCAACCGCACCGCAUCUUAGACAACUACCACCACACACCUAUACACACCCUAGCCGAAAAAUCUAAGACACUGCUGGCGUCACUUUGCUGCACACUGCGCUUGCCUGUCUUUUAUGUUGUUUGUAUUACAGGGGAAUCCGGGAGUUGACAACGGGAGAUAAGAAAGAAAUAUCUUAUUGUCUUCUUUUUUUGCCAUUUUUACAGCAACUUUUGCCAGCUGGUGCCAACUGUCACACACACCGUCCUACAUACUUACAUCUACUACACCCACAAAAAAUAUGUCGAGAACAGCUUCACUGUCUUCGGACACUGCCACCUCCAAGUCGCAAGGCUAUCUCUCAGAUCACGAUGUCCUUAAGCGCCAACAAGUAGCAGAUGCCCAGAACGAGACGCCAGUAACAUCAACACCAGAGAAUCACGAUGUCGAAAAGGCAGCACCGCCACCCGCCGGCCCGCCUGGCAUGGGCGAAUUCCCAGACGGCGGAAAGGAUGCAUGGCUCGUCUGCUUUGGUGGAUGGUGCGCGCUGUUUUGCACAUUUGGUUUGAUUAACUGCGUGGGCGUCUUCCAGAACUACUACCAGACCGUCUACUUGCCCACCUACGGCAGCUCGACGCUGAGCUGGAUCACCUCGACGCAAGUCUUUUUCAUGGUCUUUUGCGGUACAGUUUUUGGCCGCCUCUUCGACAACUACGGACCACGAUACAUCAUCCUUGGCGGCUCCAUCGUCUACGUCUUCGGCCUGAUGAUGCUCUCGCUCUCCAACCAGUACUACUCCAUCUUCCUCACGCAAUCAAUCGUCUCGUCUAUUGGCUCUUCGGCUGUUUUCAACGCCUGUAUCAACUGCAUUUCCACCUGGUUCCGCCGUAAGAGCGCCAUGGCCUACGGCAUCAUGGUGUCUGGCUCGUCGUUUGGCGGUGUCGUUCUUCCUAUCCUCAUGAACCACCUUAUCCCCAAGUACGGCUUUCCCUGGGCCAUCCGCAUUGUGGCAUUCAUGUUCCUUGGCCUGCUCGUCAUUACCAACUUGACCGUCAAGUCUCGCCUGCCACCCCGACCUAGACCGUUUGUCUUUAUGGAGUACGUGGACUCUCUACGUGAGCCUCGCAUGGCCCUCACCGUUUUUGGCUUCUUCCUCUUCAUGUGGAGCAUGUUCUUGCCCUUCAACUUUGUCAUCUUGCAGGCUCGCGCUGCUGGAAUCAGUGCCAAUCUUCUGCCUUAUCUGCUUCCUAUUCUCAACGCGGUCUCCAUCUUUGGCCGUGUUCUCCCCGGUAUCGCAGCCGACAAAUGGGGCCGUUACAACACGAUGAUCACUAUUAUGCUGUUGUCUGCCAUUGUAUGCUUGGCUGUGUGGAUUCCCGUCACCAAUGUGGGCGGUAUUCUUGCCUUUGUCAUUAUUUUUGGAUUUGCCUCGGGAGGUUUCAUCUCGCUAGGCCCAACGCUUAUUGCACAGAUCUCUGAGAUGCACCAGAUUGGCACUCGCAUUGGCACUGCAUUUGCCGUCCAGGCCUUUGGCGCCUUGACUGGCAGCCCCAUCGGUGGUGCCAUUGUUGAGCAUCAGCACGGCGAUUAUAUUGGCCUGCAACUCUUCUGUGGUCUUACCAUGGUGGCUGGUGUAUGCUUCAUCAUUGCUGGCCGCUACUGCCAAGUAGGAUUCAAGAUUACCAAGGUCUAAACAAGGCUGUAAUAAUCCUUUUACGACUCUUCUUUUUUAUAUAUGGACAUGGACUGGCGCAUUUAGACGGCCUACUUUAUAGACACUUUAACUCUCAACUUUAGAUAAUCAUCAAUAAUCAUGACCUGUUAUAUGUUCUACAUAAAAACCCAUAUAUACAAAUCGUGACCUGUAUUCAAUGCUUGAGACGGAAGACAGAGCGCACAGCGGCGUGGUCCGUAGUCCACUCAUUGCCACUGCUGUUGGGCUCUGGAGUAGGAUUGCCCUUGACAACCGUGUGCGAAUCCAGCACGUCCAGUCCCUUGUAGUAAACAAAGUCGAUGCGGUCAAGGGGUUCUGCCUGGUUCUUGAAUUCCGGGUUGUUGAGGAAGAUGGGAGACCACGUAUUUCCGGGAACAGCGGCAGGGUCGGGGUUGAUGUCGCGGUACGAGUCCCGGAGACCGGCCUCGAUUGGCAAAACAGACGUUGGCCACUGGAUAGUGAUUUGGCAGUGGGUGUUACGCGUGCUCUCGACCCAGUCAAGAUGCGAGGGAGCAUUCAUGUCACCAGUGAGGAUGACGGGCACAUUGUCAGCGUUGGAGAUGGCACCAUUCAGGGCGCUCACAAUCUCACGCAUCUCGCGGACUCGGCCAGACCCGUUCUCAACAUCCAGGACAGCAUUGGCAUCGUUAUGCUUAAAGCAGACCUCAUAAGGACCAUAAGGGUAUGCCGUAGGGUGGGCGCUCCAAAAAAUGACCUCGUGGCUGCUGUCGAGCUUGAUGCGGACGCCACCGGCCUUCGUAACAGCAGGGUAGACCUCGGCGAUGGGAUAUCGAGAAAUGACAGCAACAUCGUCUCCCUGCCACGAGUACCAUCCCAGGGCCUCUGCCAGACGGUUACCGUGAUAGCCCUGAGACUCUUGCAGGCCAACAAUAUCAAGACCCUCUGAGGAAAGGAAGCGGACUUGCUUGUUGUGGUAAUCGUCGACGUUUUUGCCGCCAACCCACAUGUUGAAGGUCAAAACACGCAAUUCAUCCACCAGCUUGGAGCCGCUAGAAACAACGGGAAUGCGGACGUUGAUGCUGGCAGUAGAGCCGUCGGGAGCCUUGGCCUGGACCUUGACAGACGCGCUGUCGUCAGAGGUAGGAACACCAGUCACAACGCCAUCGGUAGACACGCGGACCCAGUCGGGGCCGUCUGUCUUUUCAAAAUGGACAUUAUCGGUGCUGUACGGCUUGAGGAGACUGUUGAGUCUGUAGUUAAAGGCGCUGCUCCUCUGAGCACGUGCCGUUUCAACAUCACCAACUAUAAACCCCAGACCAUCCGAACCAGGAAGAUAAAUGGUGAUGGGUUUGGCCAGCCACUUGUAGCCGUUAUCCUUGAGCAUGUAAAUCUGGUAGUGCAGGCCAGUGUGUAGUCCGUUGGUAGACAGCGCGACAGUGCCGCUUGUAGAGUUGGCAUACUUCCAGGUCAAGGCCGCAGCGCCCUGCUUCUCGCCAACAGGACCGCCAUUGUGAGCAUAGUAAAUACCAAUCCAGUUCUGGUCACCAGCAGUGGGUGUCUUGUAGUCGACGUUGAUGGUGCCGCCGCUGAGCGAGGCCGAGAUGCUGCUGCCCGAGUUACCCAUGAUGUCGAUGGCAAUAGGCGGGGCAAGCCAGCGGUAGCCGUCGUUUUGGAGGAAGAAGGCCUUGUAGGAGCCCGCGGGCAGGCUGCUCACGUCGACGCUAACAGAGCCGCUGCUAGCGGUGGCGUACGCCCACACAGGCGCGUUGUCGACCUGCUUCUGGGCGUCAGGGCCACCGCCACUGAUCGGGUAGACUCCGACCCAGUUUUUGGAUCCGGGAGACGACGUGACGUAGUCAAAGACAAGUUUGCUUCCGUCCUGACGCCCGUUGAAGUUGACGCGGAUGGCAAUGGGGCUCGCAAGCCACUUGUACCCGUCGUCGGCGAGGAAGUAGGCCUUGUAGUCGCCGGGGCUGAGAUCCCGCAGGUCGACAUGGACGGACCCUUGGUCCCACGGCGCGUAGGACCAUGUUAGCGAGUCUUGGUUCUUUUGCUGGUUGUCAGGACCACCGCCUGACGCGCGGUAGAUGCCGAUCCAGUUCUUCAGCGCCGGCCUGUCGCUGGCAUAGUUGAAGACAAAGGAUGGCUGCGACGAGUCUAGCGAGAAGCUGGAGCCGGCACGGGGGAGCAGCGCCUGGGCAGGGACUCGAGCUGCGAAGAUGGGCUGGAGGAGAGCCAUGGCCGAGGCGGCCAAGUAGGACCACUUCAUGAUAGAAUACAAGAUGGGAUGUCGUCCGCCCAAUGGAAUUGUGUAGGCCAAUGGAGGGGGGAGUAGGAAGAUGAAGAGCCAAUGCUUGUCGUAGUUUGUUAAACUGCUGCGGCAGACAUGCCUCCUUUAUAUUGCAAUGUGACUGGUUAUGCACGCGCUAUGUUGCCGCCUUUGGAAUUGGCAGCCCGCACUAAAUGCGACGGCCCGAUCGACGCCCUUGUCGGCUUUCUUCCUAUUUGGACAAAGUUUGUCUUGGAAUCAGGCUCUGGUUCCCGCUUUCUAUGAUGUCUCGCGCCCCAUCGUCAGCGCCCGGUGUCACGUUCGGGGGGCUGUGGGAAUAGAUUGGCUGCAGUAAUAGCCACUAACCAACUCCGUCUCUGCAGGCAGCAGGCUAUGAGCUGCAGCUACUGAUACAGCCGGCUCUCAGGCGUAAUGCACGGGUGCUUCAGGCAUUCUGGUCGCCGUAAUUAUUUACAGUAGAUGAAUACCAGUUAGCGCCGAGAUGGUUCUAAGUCUUGGUUAGUUGGUCUGGUGGCUUGCAAGUGGGCGUGAUGGGAUCACUGGAUCACGCUCCCCGCUAACGCUUUAAGUUAAGAGCCGCGUCACCGCGAAGACGGGCCGUUCAAGUUUCAAAGUUUCAUCAAGAUGGCAAAAAAAUGCCUUGCAUGGAGAAAUCAGGCUCUGGCCAUAAUUUCAACUUGGUGUCGGAGCCUCGGCCACUUUUGUCCUCCUGCAAGGCGUCUCGUUUAUUGCUGGCCAUUCAACAAGUUGGAAGAUGUAGCAACCAGCAGUUAUAUUCCCACAUCGAGUCCGCAAACAUAUCUAACCUUAGCGGAGAGAUGCUAAUUUUCCGGACGUUCAAAAAAUAAAACAACGUUUGUUUGUAUACACAAAAAGACAUUGUUAUAUUCUAGAAUGUUUUAGAUAAUUACACGUACUCUACAAGAUUAUACGUGUUUUAUGGAGCAAAGAAUGUGUUGUGACUAUUGUGACAUUGGACGUGUGUUACUUUGCUGGAGGAGUGAAGGAAUAGUUAAGUCACUGGAAGUGGCUGGGAAAACACAGGAAAAGGAAGUGAAUACAGGAUGUAUUCGCUGUAUUUAACUAGAGCAGUUCCGACCAUGGACCUAGAAGAGAACAACGAACUUUUACCACA